AUGUCCAAUGCAAAUUUAAGAAAAUGGGUUGGUUUUUGUUUUAUUGCCAUUUAUCUUUUUGUAGGGGUUCCAUUGUGGUACAAGCUAACCACCGUGUAUAGAGCAUCAUUGCCAAUAAAUUACAUCGAAUCGCUACAAAAUGAUAAAUUUCAAGAUAUUCAUCUCGUAAUACCAGUGUAUGUUAAGUCUGAUACGUAUAGAUUCCCAGACAUUCAUGAUGCUGUUCAAGUACAAGUUAACCACUUAUUGAACUCGAAAGAGCAACGGGUGCCAUGGUCGCUACAGAUUCUUCCUUAUAACGAGACUGUGCAGAAGUUAGAGGAUAAAGACAACCAGUUCCAUGUCGUUACCUUAAUGUUAGAUGAAUUCAUUGGUUACACAUCAGCUUAUGAUACUAAGGAGACAGUGGUGUACUAUGAUGACGCGGCUGUUUUAAGUAAUGAUUUGCCAUUUUUUGUUGCCCAAACUUUAGUGGAACACACUUUCCAGUUGGAGUGGACGCAUUUAAACAAAACGAACGAAGACGUAUCUACGAAUAACCAAGUUGCCAUUUCUUAUGAUCCAAAUAUCCAUUUAAGUAUAACUUUGCUAUCAGGUGAUGGAAGUCCCGUUGCGUGGGAAAUUGAGCCUACUUUAACCGAUUAUUUCUCACCCUUUAGGAAGUUCUUGUCACCUUUGGUAAAUUUCACAGUAGACUCCUCUAUUGUCUACCAUAAUGAUUUGAAUUUACAUUCUUUGAAUGGGUCAUCUGCUAACGUUACUUGGUUUGAUCUAUCCCAUACAAUUGACCUUUCUGAACUCUCUUCUAUGACGUACUAUCCAGAGGAUUCUGCACUAAAUUUAGCCAUAGUCUUCCCUAGUGUUUCAUCAACACCUAACGGCUUAGCGUUUGUUAACGGUACCCAAAUCGCCAAUAGUGUAAUUGCGUUGGACUGGAAUAGUUAUUUAGUGCCACAAUGGGGGGUCAUAAUAAUAAACAAAAACCCGCUCCAACCAAACUCUGUCAUCAGUGAAGAUUAUUUAGAACCUAUGAUGUACCGCUUUUCAACUGAUAUUUUCCAAUUAUUAGGAUUAACCGAAGGUUCACAAGAACUAUUAUCACCUUAUAUCACUAUAGAUUCGUUUAAAAGACUGACGAUCUUACAAAAUCUAGACAAAGCCAUUGAAACAUUAUGGUCCCUAGUGAAAUUAACCCAACAAUUUCAAGGCAUGUCCAUUCCUCGCGAAGUGUCCGAUAAUGUGGUAGAAGCUCUAGACUUGAGACUAGAAAUUAUAGAUUUAUUGAAUGACCCAGAAAAGGGUGGCGAUAUAGUAUGGAACAAUGCCCUACGUUUGAGCAAUGAGCUGGUCAAACUUUGCGAAAAGGCAUUUUUUAAUGGAGAAAUGGUCCAACAGAAUUUUUUCCCACAGGAACAUAUGAUUGCCGUAUAUUUGCCAUUAUUAGGCCCAAUAUCAGCAGUAUUGUUCUUUGGUUUCUACAAUGUAAUGAAGGAGAAGAAUGACAAGAAGAAUGGGACCGAGAGAGAAGUUGCUAAAGAAAAAUCAGAGUUGGAAGAAGCUGAAAAAUUGCACGCUAUCGACGGUGAAGAUGAAAUUGUGGGUUGA